AGCACAACACAUGCUUUGACGUCCACCUCCAAAAUUCUGGUCUGGAGUGAUCUCAGGGUGUAAGGGAGUGAUUCAUGUAGUCCAGGUACAUCCUAUGCCCGUAAAAGGAAAGUGCAUUUCUUAGUCUUAAGGAGGGCGCUGUUCCUCGGGCUGUCGCAAGCCUAGACAUGCCCGACUCUGCCUCCAGCGAGCCCGAUUCCAGGGUUUCGGAUCCACAACAUGCCCAGAGACUCCUGAGAGUGCUUCGCACGUUUUGGCAGGAGCAAAGUUUCCACGAUGCGCUGCUGGUGGUGGACGGAGAGGAACUUCCUGUCCAGAAAAACAUCCUUGCUGCUGCCAGCCCCUACAUCAGGACCAAGCUGAACUACAACCCUCCCAAAGAAGAUGGGUCUACAUACAGAAUCGAGCUGCAGGGGGUCUCUAUGGCCAUCAUGAAGCAGAUCCUGGACUACAUCUUCAGCGGUGAAAUCACUCUGAGAGAAGAGACCAUCCAGGACAUGGUGCAGGCAUCGGACCUGCUCCUCAUGACCGACCUUAAGUCUCUGUGCUGCCAGUUCUUGGAGGGCUGCAUCACUGCAGAGAACUGCAUUGGCAUCCGCCUUUUCUCCCUACACUACUGCCUCUACCACGUGCACUAUGUCGCCACUGAGUUCCUGCAGACGCACUUCCGUGAUGUGGCGCUUACUGAGGAGUUCAGGGAGCUACCGCCAGACCGACUCUGCGAGGUGCUGUCCAUGGAGAAGCUGAAUGUGGGCAACGAGAAGCAUGUGCUGGAGGCUGUUGUUCGGUGGUUUGCACAUGACCCAGACGAUCGCAGGGUACGCAUGAAGGAAGUGAUGUCUGCUGUGUGGCUGCAGGGCCUGGAUGUCAGCUACCUGAGAGAGCAGGCCACGGGGGAGCCGCUGAUGAGGGAGGUGAUCAGAGAGUACUGUCAGCCGGUGCUGACACAGAGUCCGCUGCAGGGUGAGGCUUUGCUCGCUGCCUUCAAACCCAGAGGUUAUUCUGAGUGUAUCGUCAUCGCUGGAGGUGAGGAUCGCAAAACCAGGAAGCCGACGGCUACGACGCGCUGCAUGUGCCCUCUGUAUGACGCCAACAGACAAGCCUGGAUCGAGCUGCAGCCAAUGAGCAUCGCUCGCCUCGGCCAUGGGUUGGUCGCUGCUGGGGGGUUUCUGUUUGUGAUGGGUGGAACAGAUGAACACAACACAGUCCUGGGCAGUGGAGAGAAAUAUGACCCCGACUCCAACACCUGGAGCUCUAUUCCCCCAAUGCUGCAGGCUCGCCAGAACUUCGGUGUGGUGGAGCUCGAUGGUCUGAUCUAUGUUCUCGGUGGAGAGAAUGAAGAGGUGGGGCUAAUCACUGUGGAGGUGUUUGACCCGUACUUCAAUACCUGGAAAAUGCAGACCAGUAUGACCAUGAUCCGCAAGGUCGGCUGCUAUGCCUCCAUGAAUAAGAAGGUGUAUGCCAUAGGUGGGGGCUCCUACGGAAAGCUGUUUGACUCCGUGGAAUGCUUUGAUCCUAAAACCCAGCAGUGGACGGGGCUGUGUCCUCUGAAAGAGAGAAGGUUUGGGUCGGUGGCGUGCGGCGUCGGUCAGGAGCUUUACGUGUUCGGUGGAGUCAGAAGCCAAGAGAACGACAACCCCGAGCAAAGGCAAAUGACGACCUGCAAGUCUGAGUUCUACCACGAUGAGAUGAGGAGGUGGAUGUUCCUCGAUGACCAGAACCUGUGCAUCCAGACCAGCUCCUCCUUCGUCUGCGGCGCUGUGCCCAUUGGAGCCAGCAUCUAUGUGGUGGGAGACCUGGACACAGGCACGAACUUCGACUACAUCCGGGAGUUUCGCCGCACCACCGGGACGUGGCAUCGCAUCAAGCAAAUGUUACCCAGCGACCUCUCCAAAACAGCCUGUGCCAACCUGCGCAUCGCCAAUUGCCGACUGUUCCGCCUUCAGCUGAGUCAGGGCAUGUUCCGAAUCCGGAUCUGACCCCAGGACAGCAGCCGGCGGCUCUGUGCUGCCUCCAUAUGUCUCCACUUUUGCACACUGGUACCCUAUCUGCUGUAGGCCUGAGUUUAUAGACAAACACUAAAGCAUUAUAGUCACUACAUGUUGGUUUAUAUUCAAAACCCUUUUGAUGUAUAUCUAUUGUAUGGGACAGAAUCGAACACUUUUUUAGCGUUAUGGUUUUAUGAUGGUUUUAUUAACAUAAAUCUAUUUUCUUUUUAGUGCGGGACCCUUUUUUAUUUUAUUUUAAAGGACAUUCCUCAUUUGUAAUGUUCUCUGGUUAGUUGGUGAGGGCUUCAGCAUAUACAAAUAACUACCACUGUAUUACAUUAGAAUCAUGAUGCACAGUUGAUGUGGAGGUAACACGGCCCGCUGCAGUGCAGGUUUAUUAAAGGAUCACUCUGGAUCAUUCACAGUGGUGAAUAUCCCAUUAUUGAUGACAUCAUGGUUCAUGAUAACUCUGCAUGUGUCACCUUGUGGUGGAGAUGCAGGGGAAGCGAUCAGCCUGAAACGGCCUUUUUGGUGACUGCAUCAGCGACUCGCCAGCUGACCCAGUCACAUGCGCAUUAAGCCACACACACUGGUUUGUGUUACAAGUGUGGAUGAUAUUGUUUAGCAUGUGUUAAAGAGGUCACAGCAAAGGAUCCAGCACGUAUAAUCAGUUUUCCCAGUUGUAGCAGCUUUAACUUCCUACGCAGGUUUAACGUGGGCCUACUUUGCUGUCUGUACUCUGUUAUACAAAUGCUGCUGCACUGCUCGAUGCUCAUGUUAAACAAGGCCAACGUUUCAGAUAAUGAGGUGAGAGGGAUUCAUCAUAUAUACAAAUAACUACCACUGUACUACAUUAGAAUCAUGAUGCACAGUUGAUGCAGAGGUAACAGCCCGCUGCAGGUAAUCCCAGAGAGCCCCGCCUCAGGCUGCAGACUGCUCUGAACACUCAGUUUGAGGUAGGUAGCUCAGCUCAUGCUAAGUGUUAAUCGAAGCUCUUUUGGCUUUGCUGCUAUAAUGAUCUCACCAGCAAACACCCCACAAACUGUCCGUCACACCCACCAUCAAGCUUCAAUGCAGUUCAUGCAGUUCCACCAAAUGUAGUUGUUCUUGUCUUUAGAUGAGGUCGGGGUGAGUGGGUCAGUGAAGCGCGUGGCUUUAACCCUCAGACUUCAGGGUGCCCGUGUUUACCACGUGGUGUAAUUUUAUUUUGGAGAUCUAAUUUACAGGAUUUAACAUUAACAAAAAAAAGGUGACAUUGGUUAAGUAUGUAAAUGGCACAAAGCUGCGAGAGUCCGCUCUCUUUUAGGGUGUACCAAACUAACCCCCACUCUGCUGUGACGUAGGAACUAAAGAAAAGUCUUACAGCAGUGUUACUGUGGGCGAGGAUAGCUCCAUUUGCUUUUUCAGCCUAUAAAGUACCAUAUGGGCACUUAAAGUAAGCAGCUGUAGUUGUAACCAUGAUCCGGGGAUCCUUGUUAUGUCCCUAAACUGAAUCUGAAUCAUCUCACAGCACUUUGGAAGAAGGAAGCUCGUGAUUUUGAAUCCACAACCAAAGACUUCACGAACGUCUGUUAAAAUGUGCUGAAAUCAUACGAGAACCUUCAGUAACAAUUGUUACUGUAAACUGUUGUUGCUGUGCAGCAGAUGAAUCACGUCGACAUCUCCAAACAACGACAGAAAGGCUUUUAGUGACGGUUCCCACGCACUGAACUCAUGUCUGCGCGUUGGAGCACAAACACUUUAUUGGCUUCUUUUCUCUGCUGGCUCUGAAACAGUUACUCUGCUGACUUACUGGAUGUGCUGCAGCUCUCCUGACCUCUGACCUGGCUUUACAGUCAGUACAGUCUUGGCAUCUCUUGACCCCGUUUGUUCUGUGUGAGUUACAGCUGCUGCUGUCCGUCCUCCGCUCGGCGGCUGCACACACAAAAUGGACACGGGCUAAGCGGAGCUCCGGCUCUGUAGCUUUCCUGUUCGGUCUGAUCACUGAAGGCCGAAGUCUGAGAAUAUUAAAUAACUGCACACAUUUUAAAGGUGAAAACUGAGCACAUCAUGCCUGUAAUAUUGUGUCCAGCUGAUCCUUCAUUGAAACAGUAAAUCAGUAUAAACUGAUAUGUUGCAGCUGGUCACCCUUAUUAGCUGCAAUAUAUUUAUUGUUGUCAUUACACAGAAAGAUUUGUAGCUUACUAACAAAAACACUCCCAUUUUUUACCUUUAUGUUUUUCCAAUAUGCAAAAUCUGAUCUAAAAAUAUAAAACUUGCCUUUAA